GGAGGAGCCCAGCUCGCGGCAGCGCCCGCCCGUGCGCCUUACAGGGUCACCGCGGAGGAGCCCAUUCAACAACAAGCCCGGAGGAGGCUGCCCCGCGAGGCAGGGCAGCAGCCGGAGCAAGUUGUAGCCCCCCCCUCAGGCUCCCAGCAAAGCGGCAGCAGCAUGCCCACCCCCGCGGAGCGAGCGGCAGCCUAUGCAGCCGAGCAGGCUCAAGAAGAGGAGGAAGCAAAGAAGGCCGCCGCGUCGCCGCCGAAGCCGGGCCGCCAUGCGCAGGCCGUACUUAGUAGACCAAGACACACGGAAGGAGACCUCAAGAGGCUGGCCCACCGCUUCUCGGCGGCCGGGAGAUCCGGCGAGGCGUCGGCGUAUUGGAGGUAUGGCAUCGAACUGGUCGAGCGGGGCCAAAGCAAGAUCGACCGCGACUCGCCGCUCGUCACAGCAUUGAUAGAUGAAGUCGACAAGAAGAUGGACAAGCGGAUGUCUCGAGCUCGAAGGAUGGAGCUCCAGCGGCAGCGCAAGAAGGAGAAAGAAGCGCGUAGAAAGAAGGCUCUGGACGAAGGGGAUAGUCUAGCAUCGAAUUCGACGCUCACGCACCACGGCAAGCACCACGGCGACGGCUUGGCCGAUGACGAAAGUUCUAUCUCUACUUGGUAUGGGAAAACUCUCAACGUCGCUGGGAGAGACGUGCCCGUCACCGACGUCCACGCGGGCCAGCACCACCACCACCGUACUACUUCUUUUUACGCCCAAGCUAGACUCGGAUAUGCGAAGUGCGGCUUGUGCCAACUCCACUUCGAACAGUCGUCGGUCACAGGCCUAACGACCAAUAAGUACAUCGAAGAAUUUCGAGAGAAGGGAGGCCUCAAAAAAAAAGAGUCUCGAAGACUCCAGACUCCCUCAUACUUGUAUGAUGAAGUGAAACUAUGCGUCUUCUGCACGCAAUUGCUGAGCAAGGACGGCCCGACCGGAGCGCAAAAGAAUCUAUAUAAAGAUAAGCUCGGCGUCGAUUUGAUGGGUAAAUCUAUGAAGGAGGACCUGAAGCUGCAGCAUGCUCUUGAUACGGACGAGUCGCCGAAUGUGUUGUUGGGCGCCGAUUGUGUGCAAUCAUCCGUAUGUGACGGGCUGGACGGUGACCGCGCCGUCGACGGGGACAAAAAUACGUUUUCUCGCACUCAGAGGGAAAAGGAGGCCUGGUGGGAGGCUCAGUUGGAUCCCCAGUCGAACCCUAUCAGAGAAGUUAUCGUGACGCUGGUGACACCAAACAGAGCUCCUGUGCAUGUGUUUGCGUUGCUGACGUCCGUCGGUCAAGGUAGGUUGUCGGAUGCGCGGAAGAGGUGUGUGGAAGAGUUCGUCGGUCAAGGGAAGAGGAUUGUUUGGACUCCCUCCAAACCUCUGAGGGCGGCGGCCGUGCGCAUCCAGGUCGAAGGUACUCAUAGUCUACAAAUCGCGGCCGUCGAGGUUUUUAGGGCUGAGGGUAAGCAACACAAGGACGACGAGUUACAUCAUUUCUACGACCUGAUGCACACCAUAAAUGAACAACAGACCACACGUACGUUAGACCAGAUUGGUUUACAAGAGCAGAGCUUCUUUUCCACUGAUACCGUAACGUCUCGCCGAAAAAAAGUUGUGGCUACGCCCCAAUGCGGCGACAAGUCGGCCUUUUUUCACGAAGGGACUCGGUCGAUUAGCACGCAUCGGGCCCAACCGACACCCGUUGAGCUGUCUAGAGUGGCUACGACGUCUCGACUGUCUCCAGCACUCGCGGCGAGAAUAAAGCGCCAUAAACAACCUUCAGGCUUCGAUUCCCACGAGGUCGAUAGGAUGUACUGGACGACUCUGCUAAGGUACGACCACGAGGCCCAGAUCAAGGACCGGCGUAGAUCGGUAGAAAGUACCUUCACGUCCGACCAGCUCACGACAGCCCGAGAUUUGUUUGCGUCGUGUUCCCCCCAUGCUGACGAAAGAGCAUUAGCAUCUCGAGACGCGACCCCCAAACCGCCCGACGACGCCUCUCUACCUUCUUUUGACGACUACUCGGCAGCACCGCCACCAGGCAGUCAUAGAAUCGAAGCGCUGACCAUCGACAUCUCCCACAUCUACACGGGCCUAAGGAAGUGCGCCUCUUCCCUAUAUUCGACGGCGCAGAAGGAAGAAGAUGGGAAUGCCACGCCGUCGACCAAGAAACGUCGGGAAAAGUUAAAGGCGGGUUUGUUUGAACUGUUGGAUGCGAACACGUGUUUCUCCAUCGCGUCGGAGCUGUACAAGCUCGCUCGCCUCGACGAGAAGUUCCCCGAGGAGUCCGUGCAAGAUGGUGAACUUGAUGACGCACAUAGGGGGCCGCUCCAACUUGAUAUAAGGUGGCCCGCCUUUCUGGCUUUAUUAGCUUUGAUUCGAGAUCGUUCGGAUGGCAAGAUCGACGGGGGCUAUCCGCGGGAUGUCUUGGAUGCGCUGGACGUGCAUACCGACCACAGACUCGUCGAUCCGGCCGCGACGCAGCGACGGGAAGAUAGAGACAGAUCGAAGCAUGUCCAUGUGGAUCUGGGCAAGCAGCAGGAGCGCGAACGGAAACAGAAGGGUACUCCAUCUAGGCGUUUGCAGUCUAGAGCGGGGCCUCGACGGCGAUUGCCUCCUUCGACCGUAGAGGAGGAACUGCUCGAUGCGAAGCAGACCAUGAACAAGGGCCGAAGUAAAUAUGUGGCCUCCCAAGCGCGCUUCGAGAAGCUCGCGGCGCGCUUGGCGCCGGAGGUGGCUAAAAAGAAGCCCAAGUCGCACCUCGAGGUGUUAGAGGCGAGGAAACAUCGGGGCGAGAAGAAGCCCGUCACCGUGGCCCCCGAGUACGACUAUCGGUUGAAACAGGAAACACGUAGAGCUCAUCAAAAACAACUGAUUCAGGACGAGAUCGACGAGCACCGCCGGCCUCGCAGAAGAGAAAAGCGGUUGUAUAACGCGUGUGGUCUCUGUCUGCAGCUCUUCCCGUCGGAUUCUUAUACGAUCUCGGCGCCGCACAACGUGAUCAUCGCGCAACUCAAGAACUUUGGGCUGUCUGAAGACGAGCUCAAAGAGCGCGGGUCGGAGUCGUUAGCCUUGUGGGCCAACAGAUUACCGAUCUGCGUCUUCUGCUCCCAGUUCCUGGAUCCCGACGAGGACUCGGGCAUCGCGCUGCGCGUGCGCAAGGACCGGGAUACGACGAAAUAUCAGCCCUUCUUCGACGCGGCCUACCCCGACACGUACACCGAGACGAUGCGGCGGCGCGAGGCCCGGGCGGCCGCGCGGCGACUGAAGGACGACGAGUCGACGGUGACGCACCAGACACUACAAAGUCUGCCGCCGGCGCCGGCGCCCGCGGGGUAAGGAGUCUUGUUAGUAA